AUGUCAUAUUACAACAGGUAUAGGAACAAAAGAAGAAGCGAUAAUGGUGGAGGAAACUUAAGUAACAGUAACAAUAACAAUGGUGGUAUGCCAUCUGGACUAUCCGCAUCAGAUGCAAUUUUUGAUCUGGGUAAAAAUAAGAGGGUCACGGUAAGACAAUUUAGAAACAUAAAUUUAAUUGAUAUCCGUGAGUACUAUCUGGACUCAUCUACAGGCGAAAUGAAACCUGGGAAGAAAGGUAUUUCGUUGACAGAAGAUCUAUACGACGAAUUGCUUAAGCACAGAUUGAAUAUUGAUGAAGCCUUGAGAAGGCUAGGAUCCAAGAGACCAAAAACCAAAAUGGUUAGACUAUUGUCCGACGACGAAUAUGAAGAUGAUAACAAUAAUGACAGUACUAAUAACGACAAGGAUAAAAACGGGAAGGACAAGAACAGCCCAAAGAAGAGGAGAGAAGAUAAGUCCAAAGCAUCUAAUGAGAGUCAUGACUUGGAGCCACGUUCAAAGAAGAAGAAACCUGCUCCACCUACUCUACUUCCACACGAGGAAAACAUUCAAAACGCUGAAAGAGAAGCCAAUGCUACUUUGAUCAUCCCAGGCCAGGCAGGUAGGAAACAACAAGAGGAACGCAAGCAAAAGGAAAAAGAAGAGGCAGAGGAGGCAAAGGCAAAAGCAGUUGCAGAACAAGAGAAAGAGGCAAAGGCAAAAGAAAAGAUAGCUGAACCUGAACCUGAACCUGUACCCACACUUCAAGCUAAAAAAGAAGAUAUUGUCUCCAACAUAAACGAGUCAAAAGAUGCAAAUUCUAGUGACGAAGAAUUUGCUCAAAGCUUGGAAGCUGAAAUGAACAAGGCUGAAGACGACAUAAGUGAAGAAGAAUAA